CUUUGGGCAGCUCAGAGCUUUAGAACAACAGCAGGAAGCAAGCAAGCUAUUUCAUCAUGGAUAUAUGUACAGCAAAUAAUGAAUUCACCAUUGAUGUUUUAAGAGAAAUCAGUAAAACUGCUGCUGGCCAAAAUGUAGUAUUUUCAUCUAUGAGCAUCAUGAUUUCCCUGGCAAUGGUGUACCUGGGAGCACACGGUAACACAGCAGCAGACAUGGGUAAGGCUCUUCAUUUUGAUGAGGUUGAAGAUGUACAUGCUCAGUUCCGAGUACUUCUGAAAGAAUUGAUGAAAAAUGGAAAUGAUUACACCCUAACCACUGUCAAUAAACUGUUUGGUGAAAAAAAAUACUACUUUCUUCCAACUUUUCUAAAAGCUAUUAACGCUUUUUAUGGUGCGCCGCUGGAAAAGGUUGAUUUCAGUUCAAACCCUGAAGCUACACGGAGCUACAUUAAUGCCUGGAUUCAGGAGAAGACUAAAGGAAAGAUCCAAAACCUGUUGCCUGAAAAUUCUAUAUCACCGAAUACUGUUCUGAUGGUUGCCAACACACUGUACUUUCUAGCAAAUUGGACAACACAAUUCAGUGAACACGCCACCAGCAAGGCUCCUUUCACACUAAUAACGAAUGAACAAAUCAAGGUAAAUAUGAUGGCAACAAUGAAUACUUUUAAUAUGAAGAGGAUAAAAAACCCUGGAAUGAGUGUUCUUGAGCUUCCAUAUGGGGACACCAAAGACCUGAGUAUGGUUAUAAUGCUACCUGAUAACAGCACAGUUUUAACCAAGGUUGACAGGGAGAUUUCAUAUGAAAACCUUAGCAAAUGGACUAGAAGUGAAAAUAUGAGUUCAAACUACCUAGCAGUGUACCUGCCACGUUUCCGAAUGGAGAAGAGUUUUUCUCUCAAGAAAGUUCUAUCUUCCUUAGGGAUGUCAAGUGCAUUCAGUCAGAGCAGGGCCAAUUUCUCAGGAAUGGGGAAACAGAAGCAGCUCUAUGUAUCUGAUGUCCAUCACAAAACAUUCAUUGAAGUGAAUGAAAAAGGCACUGAAGCUGCCAGUGCUACUGGUUCUGUAAUGUCAAUCCGCAGCUUGGCAAAUGAAGAAUUUAAGGCAGACCGUCCUUUCCACUUUUUCAUAAGACACAACAAGACUAACUGCAUACUGUUAUAUGGAAAAUUCUACAGUCCUUAAAAAUGUGAGAUGGUGAAAGACAAUACAUUGUUUAGGAAUCCAAACCAAUAAACUUUAAUGAUCUAUUUUUAUAUGAGCAUGUAAAUUUAUCUUCUAAAUAAAAUACAUAGAUAUUAACUUAAAGUACAGUUUUAUGAUUUAAAAAAUAUUUUGCACAAAAAAAAAUUAAAUGACAUCAGCGAUUUUCAGAUCUUCCAGAAGACUAACCCCGCAUGACUAACCUAAGGUGGAGCAGCAGCAGUCACAUAUAAACUCUAAUUUCUUCUUUUUUGUCUCACAUGGUUAAAUCUGGGCUAAUACUGGCAAUACUGGCAUCAAGGAAGCUUACAGAAAGUGGAAUCCUGUUACUCUAGGAAUCACCUAAUAGUAAAACAAGUAUCUCAAAGAACAUUAACAUUUACAAAACUGCGGACUUUACUGAAAAAGAUUAGCAGAAUUUUCCUUGUUUCCUUAUUUUUCCUCUCAUCUGUUACAACCUGCAAACCAUUCUACUCAAUUGCCUUUUUCAUGUUGGUCUAAAUAAAAGAACACAUUUCCACAGAAAAAAA